GAACCGUGGCCGGGCCCUGGCGUGCCGAGGAGUUGGCGGUCACCUCCUGGGCUCCGGGUUCUUUGUGGAUCUCCGGGAAGGUGCCCAGACGCAUCUCCCCGUAAGGAUGGAGGGCACCGUCCCGCCAGGCUGCUCCUCACCCGGAGUUCCCGGCCAGCGCUGAAAUUGCCACCGAUGGGUUGCGGGCAAACGGCGAUGGAGAAGGGUUUGAGAGCUGCCUCGCCUGUGGAAGUCACCGUUCAAAGCAGCGCUCUCAUGCACUGUCUGUCUUGUCAGGCAGGUUGGAAAGGCUCCUUUUUAUUAUCUUUUUAAAAAGCAGCGGAGUCGCACCUCCUCCUCACGCCUCCUCCUGCUGCUACCACUGACAGCAAACAUGGGGGACGGUAAGGACAUCCUGGAAAGCCACCAUCCCGGGCUGACCUCUGAGGCUGCGACUGGGGCUUUGCUGGCGGGGCUGCCCUGCAGCUGGGGAAGCUGUGGCUCUCCUCGCCUCCUCCUCCUCCUCGUUCGUCUCUAGCAACACAGGCUGAAGCGGCAUCUGCUCCCCUGCAAAGCUUUUUGUGAUUUUCACGAAGGUUUUCCUGUGGAAGCGCCCGGCUGGAGCCCGGCGUUGGGGCAGCAAGACCCCAGGGCAGCUGUGCACCUCUGGGAGGGGAGAUCGGCCGGUGCCGGCGGUGGGGCUAGAGGAGAACUUUUGGUGGUCGUCGUGGCAGAGGAGACCCAGCCCGUCGUCAGCUCGCCGUGCCUUUCUCGUCAUUGCGCACCCCGCUCCUGUGGCCUUCCCUGCCAUGACGUCUGACCACCCCGGCAGUGCCUGUCUCUGUCGCGGUGAGGAUGUGCCUGAUGCCAGCAGAGCCUUACGCGCCGAUCCCCGGGUGCCCGCACACCCUUCCUGGUACCAGAGCCUCUGAUUGCCAAAAGUCUUUCCUUCAAAGACGGGUGAAAGGCGCCCGUCCUCUUCCCAGCCGCAAAGUUCCCAGGAAAGUUUUUACUUUUUCAGCAAUUUAUUAAAAAAGAGCUUUCAAAUUAAAAAAUCCCUAACAAAACAGCGUCUAACCUGCACACCGACACCUAACCUUUUCCCCUGACCGGAUCCGUGGCAUGGCUGAGCGGGCUUUGCCGUUGCGGUGGCGUGGGCGCUGUGGUCCCCCUCCGCCCCGGGCUGAUAAGAGCGCGCGGGGAGCGAGCAGGGCUCCCCAGCGCGAUAGCGAGCGCUCGGUACUUAUCUGCCUGCACAAACACCCUGUGUGGGGGCGAAGAUAAUGGGGAUGCUGCGUGCUGCGGGCAGUGGCAUUCGGAGGGGGAACGGCCGGGAGAGGAACCGGAGGGUCAUUCGUGUCCAGUGUCUGUGCCGUGAGGAGUGCAGGUCUGGCCGCGGGCUCCCCAAUAAAACCGUCAGGUGAGAGCGCUUGAGCGGUAACGCUGACGAUGCCGGACGUCGGGACCAGAAUCGCUCCAUGGCUCUCCCUGGUCCCCUCUCGGCUGCUCCUCCGGCUUUGAGCGCUACUCUCGGAGCUGGGAGGGGAAUUUCAUUUUGGAGAGAGGUGGGAGGAUGCUGCAGCGUGCCGGGGGCUGACGCGCGGUGCCGCCGGCCGCGGGGAGCAGGACCCCCGCCGCCCGCCCAUGCUCCCCACCAGCCGCCGGGGCAGCGCCCCGUGACGGAGGGGCGGUGGGCGCCCGCCAACGCCGCAGCCGGGACCGCAGCCGCCGUGCCCCCGCGCCAGCCGCCCCGCCAUGACGAGCCUCUUCCGUCGGAGCAGCAGCAAUGGCGGCUCGCGCGGCGGCUCCUCCGCCCAGGAGCUCAACAACAGCCGCCCCGCCAGGCAGGUCCGCCGGCUGGAGUUCAACCAGGCCAUGGAGGACUUCAAGACCAUGUUCCCCAACAUGGACUACGACAUCAUCGAGUGCGUCUUGAGGGCCAACAACGGCGCCGUGGACGCCACCAUUGACCAGCUCCUGCAGAUGAACCUGGACAGCAGCGGCUGCGACGACAGCUCGGAUUCGGAGGACAGCAUCCCCCCCGAGAUCUUGGAGCGGACCCUGGAGCCGGACAGCUCGGAUGAGGAGCCCCCUCCCGUCUACUCCCCUCCCGCCUACGAGAGCCAGGAGUUUGGCAGCCGCUACCCCCGUGCGCCGCCCACCCCGCCGCCCAGGACAGACGUGCCGGGACCCGGCAGCGCUCCAGCGCCUGGGCGCUACAGGAACUGGAACCCACCGCUCCUGGGCAACCUCCCCGAAGACUUCCUCCGCAUCCUGCCCCAGCAGACCGCCGGCACACAGGGCUCCCACGGCUGCCGGCAGCCCGUGCCGCGGGGGCUCGCCCCGCGGGGUCAGGGCUCCCUGGAGCAGGAGCGGCGGUGGAAGCAGUACCUGGAGGACGAGCGGAUCGCGCUCUUCCUGCAGAACGAAGAGUUCAUGAAGGAGCUCCAGAGGAACCGGGAUUUCCUCCUCGCCCUGGAGAGAGAUCGAUUGAAAUAUGAGUCAAAAAAAUCCAAGUCGACCAGUGUUGCUGUCAGCAACGACUUUGGUUUCUCCUCCGUAAUAUCAGGUGACGUAGCCCCCUCUGUAACCAGCGAGGCCGGCGGUGCCGUGUCUGACGAUGCCUUAUUCAGAGACAAAUUGAAACACAUGGGAAAAUCCACGCGCAAGAAGCUGUUUGAACUCGCCAGAGCCUUCUCCGAGAAGACGAAGAUGAGGAAAUCAAAAAGAAAACACUUGUUGAAGCACCAGGUGCUGGGAACGGCGGCUUCCACGGCAAAUCUUCUCGACGAUGUCGAAGGACAUUCAUGCGAUGAAGACUUCCAAGCGCGGAGGCAGCAGCUCCGGGAGGAGGAGGAGACGCCGAAGGAAGGGCAGUAAACGGUCCCAGCGCUGGGGUUUAUUGCUGGCACAGAACGUGCACAAGGCUUCAUAAGAAGAUGGCUGAAAAAGGAAAAAAAAACACCCAACAAACCACCCAGUUUUUUGGCUGUUCCCCCUCUGCUGUUGUACUCCUCUGAAGUACAAGUAUUGAAGUGAGGCACAAUGUUUUCUUACCAGUGGUUUGAAAACAACUUCUAUCUAGCAAAUCAGCCAAAAAGGAGAAAAAAAAAAAGGAAAAAAAAGUUCGGCAGCUGAUGUGAGCGGCUCUGGAGGAGCCAGAGGAGCUCAGACUUGGGAGGAGCAGCGUCCCGCCUGCUCUCUCGGUCCGAGCGGCGUCGCAGAAGGAAUGAAAAUCAGUUGUACUAACGAGGAUGCAUUCACAUGUGGGAUCUGCUUGGCCGGAGCACUCCUGAACAUAUCUCUGUAGCAAUCUGAUGUAACUUUACUCUGCGCACACAGGAAAAAGACCACCACGUGAGAAAGAGAACCUAACAGCUGUUGUCUACUAUUGCUAGGAGUAAUGAGCAGAGAUUCAGAUCAGGUAAUAGUCAAAUAAUAUAAAUUGUUUAUAAAAAGGAAAGGCCUUCUUUUCCUAGGCGUUUCACUUUGAAUUAAACCUUUGCCUUCGGCAUUGCUAAAA